UCUCCACAGCCUAUCGGUCGCCUAGCCUCCAGCUCCCUGCGAUCCUACGCAUCAGGCCGACAUGGAGGCGCCGCCCUCUCCAGCAGCGCAGGAGACACCACAGCUCGCCGGGCCCUCUGAUCGCCAGCCGCCCACCAUUGCCUCUCAGCAAACAGGUAGCAGGAAGCGGAAAGCCGCUGAGGUCGAUCUGGGAGCCAGGAGUUCUUUGUCGCCAGGCCCAUCAGCGGCGAUGGUGACAGCCGGGGAGGGCCACGCAGAGGGGUCCUUCCUACUGGCCAAGAGGCCUCGGCCAGUAGCUCACCACUCUUUGGUGCACUACCUGAAGAGCCGCUCACUGGGUGCAGAGAACUACCCUGGGCUCGCGGGCUUCGAGGGCGACCUGCGCCGCUACGGGGUCCUCAGGCUGCCCGAGCUGCUGAGGGAGCGCCAGCUGCCCCUUGGCCCCCUCAACAAGGUGUUCGCGUCGCAGUGGCUAAAUGCUAGGCAGGUGGUGUGUGGCACCAAGUGCAACACGCUCUUUGUGGUUGAUGUCAAGACUGACCAUAUCAUGCGCAUUCCUCUAAUGCGCGACAGGGUGCCCGACCUGUCCAAUGGCUCGCCCUCCUGUGGCAUUCAUGCAGUGGAGCUGAAUCCAUCCAAGACCCUCCUGGCCACUGGAGGUGAAAACCCCAACAGUCUGGCAAUCUACCAGUUGCCAACUCUGGACCCUGUGUGCCUAGGAGAUUGCCAAGGCCACAGGGAUUGGAUCUUUGCCAUCGCAUGGAUGAGUGACACUGUGGUCGUGAGUGGUUCCCGCGAUGGUACACUGGCACUUUGGCGAGUAGAUCCUGACAUGUUCAAUGGCAGCAUUGCAUGGCACAAGGAUGCUGGGCUUCCUGUGUAUGCUCACAUCCAUCCUAGAGAUAUGGAGGCCAUCCCUAAAGCCACUACCAAUCCAGGUAAUCGCAAAGUGCGAGCACUUGCGUUCAGCGACAAAAACCAGGAGCUGGGAGCUGUGUCCCUGGAUGGCUACUUCCACUUGUGGAAAGCCAGGAGCUCCCUGUCCAGGCUGCUGACCCUAAGGCUGCCCUACUGCCGAGAGAAUGUGUGUCUCACCUACUGUGAUGAGCUGUCCCUCUAUGCUGUGGGAUCCCAGUCUCACGUUUCGUUCCUGGAUCUCCGCCAAGGCCAGCAGAACAUCCCACCGCUGUGCUCCCGGGAGGGAGGCACUGGUGUCCGUUCUUUGAGUGUCCACCAGCAUAUAGUCACAGUGGGGACAGGCCACGGUUCUCUGCUCUUCUAUGACAUCCGUGCCCAGAAGUUUCUUGAAGAAAGGUCUGCAGCCGGUCCAGACAUGUUUCCUGUGCCCUCAGGAAGGAAACUCAAACUCACCUGUGGCAGUGGCUGGAUCAACCAGGAUGAUCUCUUAGAGAAUUAUGUUGCUGGUGUAGAAGAUUUCCCCAACGCACUCUACACUCACUGCUACAACUGGCCAGAGAUGAAGCUCUUCGUAGGAGGGGGACCACUGGCCUCAGGCCUCCAUGGCAACUAUGCAGGCCUCUGGAGCUAAGGUGGCAGCCUGGAUUAACCAGUGUGUUUCUCAGAAGAGAGACAGAGAUGGAGCGAUCAGAAGUUAGCUUUGAGAAUUGUCUGCACCUCUUCACCAUUGUUCGGACUUUUCAUACAGAUACUUUCCACUAAUUCUUCUCUGUGUAGUCUUUGAGUCAGUGGUCCAUAUAGUUAUUCUAUUAUGGAAGAAAAUCCUGUUAUGAUGUUAGAAUUGUAUAAAUGUUGUGUUCUUUUAUUAUUAGCAAUUUUAAAGAUAUUAUUUUUAGUUUUCAUCACAUAUAUGUGAUAUAUUGAGAAUAUUUUCUAAUAAACAGAGU